UUCAUCAUGCAGCAUGAUCUUCUAAGAGAGCUGGCUAUCUAUCUGAGCAGCUUGGACCCUGUUGAAAAAAGAAAGAGGUUAAUUGUAGAACUAAGCAGCAAUAAUUUUCCCAAUUGGUGGUUGGAAGAAAAGCAACCACCUCUUGGCGCCCGCCUCUUGUCUAUUUCCACAGGUUGUUAUCUGUACCUCUCCAACCUUCAGACACAUACACACAAAUUAAGAAAUUUACUCCUACCGCUAACUUCUUAAGCCGUUUAAUCACGAUGAAACAUUCUCAUUCAAUUGGGGCAGCAUUCAAGCACCAGAAGUUGAGGUUCUAGUUCUCAAUUUUCGGACAAAGAACUACACCUUGCCUGUCUUCAUGGAGAAAAUGGAGAAAUUGAAGAUUUUGAUAGUCAUGAAUAAUGGUAUCUACCCACCGAAUUAAGUAACUUUCCACUUGGUUAUGUGUACUAUUGGUCAGGCUUUUAAGAAUGGUACUAACAGGAUCUUAGAUAUUUUUCCAAAUCUUUUGGAAAUUGACAUUGACUAUUGUGAUGAUUUGGUGGAACUGACUGAUGGGUUGUGUGAUCUUGUUCAACUGAUGAAGCUUAGUAUCACCAACUGUCAUAAGCUUCGUGCAUUGCCUGAAGGCAUUGGAAAGCUGGUAAACUUGAAAGUGCUAAGACUAACAUCCUGUACUGACCUCAAGACAUUGCCUGAGACCAUUGGGAGCUUAUCCCAGCUUACUGUUAACAUUUCCGACUUUCUAAGCAUCAUCAACAUGCCAAUCCAGAUUGGUGAACUGCACAAAGUAAGCAAGAUCUGUAUGAGGGGGUGCUCCAGCUGUAACCUACCUUCAACAAUCAAAAAGCUUCAACAUUUGAAGGAUGUCAUCUGUGAUGAGGAGACAGCCUAUCAAUGGUAUUCUUUCAAUUGUGAUCUCACCAAUCUAAAGCGUUGUUACAGUCUUUCUCUCUGAUACUUUACCAGGCACUCCACCAUAAAUUCUCUGCAACCAUGUCUUCACACUUUGAUAUGCCCGAAAUAAGUCCACCAUUAAUGCAGAGAAGCUGUAUUCUUCCUAUUACAUUGCAUAGACUAUCUUCCGGCUGCUAUAAAUACCAAGCUCAGAUUCGGAAUCGAGGUCAUCCGUGUCCUCAUCAUCAAGGUUUU